AAGGUACCGCUAUACCCACCAUUACCCUCGCCACUGUCUCCUCCUACAGUGCAAGAAGCAAUAAAAUUGGUUGAAAAAUUAAUUACGAAACCCAGGCUGGCAAGAUUCCCUAACGGUUUUAUAAUAUACAAAAAUGUGUACGUUAAAUAUCGAAAGGAAAAUGGCCACAGCAUUCCAAUGACAAAGCUUUCUCCAAUGAUCUUACAUGCGUGGAAAAGCGAACCCUAUCACGUAAAGGAAGCCUACACAAAAAUCUCAAGCGAAGUUAAACAGCUUAUACAAUCAAAUUAUUAA